UGACUCAAGGGCUCCCAUAUUUGCACGGCUGUGUGGACCUGCUUUGAGCUGCCAUGAGAAGGGCCUGUGCGUCUACUGAAGCUUGGAGGGAUCCUAUUGUUACUUGGUAAAGUUAGCUGGUUUUGGCCUGCUUUUGCUUUUGCUCCUGCCACUGCUGUGCUGCAGUAGGGAGAUGGCGGGGUUUGUUGGCACGGUAGUUGACGCAGCAAUAGGAUGGAUGGUGCAAAGCAUCCUCGGAAGCUUCUUCACUGGACAGAUGGAAGCAUGGACUCGUGAAGUCGGGCUUGAUGAAGAUGUGGAGAAGCUCAAGUUUGAGAUGAGGAACGUGGAAAUGGUUCUUGCUGCUGCCGAGGGAAGGAGGAUUGACAACAAGCCUCUCGCCCAGUCGCUGGAUGAUCUCAGUGAGCUGCUUUAUGACUCAGAGGAUGUGAUGGACGAGCUAGACUACUACCGGCUCCAGCAACAGAUCGAACAAGGAAAUGGUUCUAGUGUUCCUAGUGGUUUUAAUCCCGAAGGAAGCCACACGUCACCAUCCACUCCAUCUUCUGCUUUUGAAUUCGUAUACAAUGCCACAAGACAAGUAACUAGUUGGGCAUCAUGCGAUAGAAAAAGGAAACGGGAAGAUGAGGGGCCAGCUCAUAGCACCUUGCUCACUAUUGAGGUUAAACAUGACAUUUCUAAGAGGAUCAAUAGAAUAGUGAAUCAUUUGUGCACUAUUGGCAAUGCUGUACAGAGAGUUCUUCAGCUUGUGAUCGCUCACCCCAUUACAACACCAAGUGAGAGUCGGAUUAUUGCUAGGAAUGCCCGCAUGACAACCUCUGUUCUAAUUGAAAGUAAGGUAUAUGGGAGAGAUGCAGAGAGAGACAUGAUAAUAGACCUGUUGAUAAACAAGGGAUGUAAUGAUCUGAAUGUGCUGCCAGUGGUUGGCAUUGGUGGUGUUGGAAAGACGACACUUGCUAGGUAUGUAUACUGUGAUCAAAGAACUACAGAUCAUUUCGAUUUGCAAAUGUGGGUUUGUGUAUCCACGGACUUCACUGAAAGAAGACUUACACUUGAGAUUUUAGAGCAUGUAUGUAAAGAUAGACAAGAGUAUGAAAAUAUAAACAAUUUUAAUGUACUACAGGAGAUCCUUUUGAAGUACAUCAGAAACAAAAGAUUUCUACUUGUAUUAGAUGAUGUGUGGGAAGACAGGGACAAGAGUGGAUGGGAUGAACUGUUAGCCCCAUUGAGGCAUAGUCAAGUAAGUGGCUGCAUGAUUUUAGCAACAACUAGAAGAAAAUCAGUUGCAAAAUUGCUAGGAACAAUGAUUGAAGUUGAAUUGAAUGGUCUGGAUGAAAAGGACUUCUGGCUUUUAUUCAAGGCAUUUGCAUUUGGUAAUGAGAAGUACGAGGGUCAUCCUAGUUUGCAAUCUAUUGGCAAACAGAUUGCUAAAGCACUAAAGGGCUGCCCACUAGCUGCACAAAGUGUUGGUGCACUUUUGAAUACAUGUGUUAGCUAUAAGCAUUGGAGGACAGUCCAAGACAAAUGGAAAUCUCUUCAAGAAGAUGCUGAUGACAUUUUGCCCAUCUUGAAGAUCAGUUAUGAUUACCUACCGGUCCACCUUCAGCGCUGUUUCUCAUUCUGCUCUUUGUUUCCAGAGGACUACCAAUUUAAUGGAGAAAAAUUGGUCUGUGUUUGGAUAUCACAGAAUUUUGUGCAGUGUGAAGACCCUACCAUGAGAUUGGAAGAAACAGGGCAGCAAUAUUUGGAUAGAUUAGUGGAUUUAGGUUUCUUCCAAAAGGUUGGCUUACGCUAUGUUAUGCAUGACCUAAUGCAUGAAUUGGCCGGUAAAGUUUCAUCACAUGAAUGUGCUACUAUACAUGGAUUGAAAGCUGAGGCAAUUCGACCAAGGGUUCGCCAUUUGUCAAUCAUAACUACUGCUUUUGAUAAAGAUCGUGGCAGUUUUCCUACUGAGAUGUUUGAGAAAGUACUUCAGAAGAUUGGCCCUUUGCCAAAAUUGAGGACCUUGAUGUUAUUUGGGCGAAGCAGUAUGAGUUUAUUGGAGUCCUUGCGUACUUUAUGCAAGGAGGCAAAAUGUUUACGGCUCCUAAAUUGUUUUGUGACAGGUGCUGACAUCAGCUCUAUAAUCAGUUUGUUAAAUCCAUGCCAUGUUCGCUAUCUUGAAUGCGUUUGUGUUGCCAGCACACAAACAUCGUUAUACAGAGUCUACAAGUACAAUGUGUCUCCUCAAGCUUUGACAAGAUUUUAUCACCUUCAAGUAUUGGACGUGGGUGUUUCAGGCAAUUUUGUUGUGCCCACUGAUAUGCAUAAUCUUGUUAAUUUGCGCCAUCUUGUUUCUCAUGAGAAAGUGCAUCGUGCAAUAGCUUGUGUUGGCAAAAUGACCUCUCUCCAGGAACUAAGAUUCAAGGUUCAAAAUGUUGGCAGUUUUGGGACAAGACAACUUCAGUCUAUGAAUGUGCUUGUAGUACUUGAAAUUUCUCAACUUCAAAAUGUGAAGACUAAAGAAGAGGCGAGUGGGGCCAGGCUGUUAGAUAAAGAGCAUCUAGACAAGUUGUCCUUGUCAUGGGAGGAUAGCAGCAUGGCCCUUCAACCUGAAACAGCAAAAGAUGUGCUUGAAGGUCUUCAACCACACGAGAACCUCAAAACUCUAGAAAUAACUGGAUACGGUGGUGCUACCUCCCCAACCUGGCUUUCCGGCAACUUUUCAGUUAUCUCACUGCAGAUACUUCAUUUAGAGAAGUGCAAGGAAUGGCGAAUUCUUCCAACUCUUGAAAUGCCUUUCCUUAGGAAGCUGGCAUUGAUCAGGAUGUUAAAUGUAAUGGAAGUCGAAGUUCCUUCCUUGGAAGAGUUGAUCUUGACCGAUAUGCCAAAAUUGGAAAAAUGUGUUGGUUCUUAUGGAAUGGAAUUGACUUCCCAUCUAAAGGUUUUGAUUAUCAAGAACUGCCCUCAGCUGAAUGAGUGCACUCAUUUCCAGAGUUACUCUUCUUUCGACGCUGAGCAGAAAUCGUGGUUUCCGUCACUCAACAAACUCUCCAUCGAGCAUUGUCCUCAAAUAAUCAAGUGGGAAAUGUUUCCACUAAGAGAAAUGGUGGCCCUCAAGGAGUUGGAGCUGAUGGGCCUACAUGAUGUGAGAGAGUUGGCAGUCCCUUCUCUGGAGAAGUUAGUGUUGAUUCAAAUGCCAAACCUGGAAAUUUGUGGCAGUCUAACAGAUUCUCCAUCUUUGCAAUUUUUACCUUCUCAAGGAGAUCAAAAGAGAUGGCUAUGUAGUAUCCGUAGACUCACCAUCCAUGAUUGCCCUUGUUUGAUAGUGACACAUCCUCUUCCGUCUUCUGAGUUGUCCAUCAUGGGAGUUCCGGCACUUCCAAAAAUGAGUAUAAAACAGAGAAAGUUCAGUAUCGAAUCUAAUGAGUUGAGUGUGUUGGAUGACCGUUUCUUGGCAUUCAGUAACCUUAGGGGCAUAACAUCGUUGCACAUAAGAAAGUGUCCAAAUCUGGUAUCUCUUUCAAGUGAAGUUUUCAGCCAGCUCAGUGCCUUAGAGAAUUUAAGUAUAUACGACUGCCCAAAUCUGGCCAAGUCAAACAUUAUGUCAGGAGUUGUUCUGGAAAAUAGUAGGUCUGUAAGAAGCCUUCUGCUACCAUCUCUCAAAUCGUUCGUCAUGGACAGAUGCGGCUUAACAGGGAGCUGGCUAACACAAAUGCUUUCACAAACGCAGUCCCUUGAGGUGUUGGAAUUAACUGCAUGUCCAGCGAUAAAGUAUCUAUCAAUCAGUGAACUUUCAGAAACCGAAGGGACCAGCAGUUUGGUUUCAGGAGUGAUGACGUCAUCCCAAGAUGAACAUCAAUUGAAGCUGCCAUAUAAUCUCCUGUGUUCUCUCAAGAGGUUAUGGAUUCAGCGCAGCCUGGAUCUGGAGUUCGUUGGGGGUAACAAACACUUCGCGGGACUUACCUCCCUUACAGAGCUAGUCCUUCAAGAUUGCCCCAAGCUGGUCUCAUCGCUGGUGGGUCACAUGGGCGAAAGGAAAGAUGAUGGUAACAUGGAUGUUGGAUUACUCCCGCCAUCACUUGAAAACCUGUCGAUAAGUUCUUUCCAAGAAAAUUAUCAGUCCUUCACUCCCGAGGGACUUCUCUGCCUCAAAAGGUUAAAGCUCGCGAACAGCCCUUGUUUUAAGUAUGUACAGCUGCAUUCCUGUACAGCCCUAGAGGAGCUGCGAAUCUGGGGGUGUGUCCAGCUGGCUGCACUGGAGGGCUUGCGAUUCCUCACCUCCCUUCGAAUUUUGUAUAUGGAGAUGAAUCCGGAUCUGUCUUGUACAUGGGAGCUCAAACUGCAGGAGCAAGAGAAUGAUGGAAGUCAAAUUCAGCUUCUCCCUCCCUCUCUUAAAGAACUUAGGAUCUGGAUGCUCACAGAUAGGGUCCAGUCUGGUCUCCUAAGCUGCCUCCCCAACAUCACCAGGUUAAUGAUAUCACGAAGUCCAGAACUGACGUCUCUACAGCUGAGAUGCUGCACAACACUUCAAGAAUUGGAAAUUAGAAACUGUGAGUUUCUUGCUUCGGUUGAGGGCUUCCAGCUCAUUAGAAGCCUGACAUCCUUGAAACUAUCUUACUCCCCCAGCCAACCUUCCUGUUUGGAGCUCGUGUCUCACCAGCAUGGGGCUUGUGAAAUCUGGUCUAGACUGAGAAUUCUUGAGGCUAGUGAUGCGUCUGUACUUUCUAGGCCCUUCUGCAAACAGCUCACAUCUCUAACGCACCUACAGUUCACAUCUUGGGGUAGUGAACCGAAAGACAGCAUGGUGAGCCUAACAGAGGAACAAGAGAGAGCACUGCAGCUUCUAACCUCCCUGCAAGACCUUACAUAUUGGAAACACCCGAAACUCUUAUCGCUUCCUGCAAACCUACAUAGCUUGACCUCCCUCGAGAGCUUAUCCAUCUAUCAUUGUAGCAGCAUCACAAGGCUUCCAGACAUGGGCCUCCCACCUUCGCUCAGACACCUUCAGUUAUCCUGUUGCAGUGAGGAGCUAGGUUCACAAUGCAGAAUGGCAGCAACGGAGAAGCUAAAGGUCAGGAUUAAUAGUGAGCGAGUGAAUCCAUCAGCGAUGCACAUAUUGCUGAGGUUUGCCACCACUGGCACAAUCGUGCCAGUGAGGGAGAACAGUUCUUGCAAGAAGCCUGAUCAAAGCUCUAGCAGUACUGUCUUUAUUAGAUGCUUUGAUUCAGCUCUUGGGGAGGAUCAGAUCAGAAGUUCACUUCUGCAACAUUUUAGCUCAGGUGGAGAGAUCACAAGAGUUUCAAGUCCGAAGGACUAUGAAACUGGUGCAAGCAAAGGGGAAGAAGACCACUUUCGAGAGAAAGAGAGAGUAUUCAUGGAUCUCGUAACAGGGGCCAUGGGCUCCCUUCUCCCCAAGCUUGGCAAGCUCCUUAAUGAGUACAAGUUGCAGAAGGGCGUCAAGGAAGACAUCAAGUCUCUGGAGAAAGAGAUGAAGAUCAUGCGUGCUGCUCUUCACAAGGUGGCAGAGGUGCCACGGGACCAACUUGAGGAGGGCAUCAAGAUCUGGGCAGGGGAGCUCAGGGAGCUGUCCUACAACAUGGAAGACGUUGUAGACAAGUUCCUGGUGCAUGUCAAUGGCGAGAGCUCUGACCCCAACUCCAACAAGAUCAAACAGCUUGGGGAUAAUAUAAUUGGCUUGUUCACCAACUGGAAAUCUUGUCAUCAGAUCGCCAACGAGAUCAAGGACAUCAAGAACCAAGUCAAUUAUGUGGCCAAACAACAUAAGAGGUACAGGGUCAGUGGUAUUGUUGCUGCUAAUGUAGCUGCUACAACAACAACUUUUGAUCCUCGUCUACCUGCUUUGUACAACAAGGUAUCUGACCUUGUUGGCAUCAAUGAGCCAAGAGAUGAGUUAAUCAAGAGGUUAACAAACAAAAAUGACCAAAUAGAGAUAGUCUCUAUUGUUGGAUUUGGAGGCUUGGGCAAAACUACUUUGGCUAAAGCUGUAUAUGACAGUCUCAAACCACAAUUUGAUUGCACGGCCUUUGUUUCUGUGUCGCAGACUCCUGAUAUGGUAGGGAUUUUCAGGAAGAUGCUACAUCAGCUUGAUAAGAAAAACUAUGCCCACAUCAAUGAAGCAUCGCGCGAUGCAACAGAGCUCAUUGAUGAACUCAGAAUGUUCCUCCAAAACAAGAGGUACCUCAUUGUUAUUGAUGAUAUAUGGAACCUACAAUCAUGGAUAGAAAUCAAACAUGCUUUGAAUGAGAAUAGUUGUGCAAGCAGAAUAAUCACAACAACUCGUGACCUUGAUGUUGCUACAAAUGUUGGUGGUUCUUUUAAGAUAAAUCCCCUUAAUCUAAAGAGCUCAAAAACCUUAUUUUGUGGAAGAAUAUUUGGUUCUGAGGAUAAAUUACCUCGACAUUUGGGUGAAGCGUCCAUAAAGAUAUUGGAUAAAUGUGGUGGUGUACCACUAGCUAUCAUUACCAUCGCUAGUGUAUUGAAUGUACCUAGUAAAAUCCAAAACCAAGCAGUGUGGGAUAAGGUGUGUGCCUAUAUUGGUUCUGGACUUGAACAUAGUCCUCAUGUGAAGACCAUGCGGAUAAUAUUGUCCCUAAGCUAUUACCACUUACCCUAUCAUCUGAGAACUUGCCUAUUGUAUCUAAGUAUAUAUCCAGAAGAUCAUGAGAUCCAUAGAGAUGACUUGAUAUGGAAAUGGAUAGCCGAAGGUUUCAUCCAACAUAAAAAUUCGGAUGAUAGCUUAUUUGAGGUUGGACGCAGUUACUUUACUGAGCUGAUAAAUAGUGGCAUGAUCCUGCCGUGCAUAGAUUUUAAAGGUGAUGUAACACAUUGCCGUCUGCAUGAUAUGGUGCUUGGCCUAAUCUGUUCAUUGUCUAGUGAAGAAAACUUUGUUACUAUAUUGAAUCACAGCGGUGGUUGCGGCAUAUCUUCACCCGUCAAUGUUCGCAGGCUGUCAAUCCAAAAUAGAAAUGAAGACAAUCAAAGGAAGCCACUUGCUUUCAUGAGUAAAUCACAAGUGAGGUCUGUUACUACCUUUCCACCUGCUAUUAAUCAAAUGAUGUCACUGUCGAGAUUUGAUGUUUUACGUGUAUUGGAUCUAAAUGGAUGUCAUCUGGGGAAAAGCAAAAACCUUAACCUCGAGGAUGUUGUGAAUUUAUUUCACUUAAGGUACCUAGGUCUUGCCGGUACAAAUAUUUGCCAGCUCCCAGCUGGAAUAGGAAAUCUGCUAUUUUUGCAGGUGUUGGAUGUAAGAUACAAUUCCAACCUAAAAGAAUUACCAUCCAGUAUUUGCAAGCUGAGAAGAUUGAUGUGUCUACUUGUUAAUGGUUACCACGCGAGCCUCCCUGAUGGGCUGGGAAAUCUUACAUCCAUGGAAGUGUUGAAGAAGAUCUGUGCCACCCUAAACAUUGUGAAAGAGUUGCGCAAGCUAUCAAUGCUAAGGGAGCUCAAAGUUAAGUUUGAGCGUAAUGCAAGCCUAGAGUAUGGGGAAGCUUUUCUUGAGUCUUUACGUCACCUGAAAAAUAUCCAAAGUGUAAUUAUUCGUGGGUAUUUCCCUUCCAUGGAUAUCUUGGAGAAAAGUUGGCUGCCACCUCAGCAGCUCCGCGCAUUUGAGUCUGUCAGGUGCGGAGCAUUCUCUGGGGUGCCGGAGUGGAUAAAGAGGGAUCCACUGUGUCUCUCAGACCUCGCCGAGUUGGUAAUUGGCUUCGUGGAACUACGAGAGGAGGACCUACUGAUCCUUGGGAGGUUGCCAGUUCUUCGUCGUCUCUGGUUGUGGAGUGCCAAGCAAACGCCGAAGGUGCUGUCCAUUGGCGCUGAUGGUUUCCACUAUCUAACAAGCUUCACACUAUACUGUGAAUCACCCAGGCAGAUAGUGUUUCAGCGAGGCGCUUUUCCAAAGGUUGAGGGGGUUCUCUUUAACUUCAAUGUCAAGAAGGCAAAAGAUGAUGGCAAUGGCGAUUUCUACUUCGGCCUGCUGAACCUCUUAUCCCUUGGGCAGGUCACUGUGGGAAUUGAUCGUCAUGGUGUCACACUUGCAGACGUGAAGGAUGCAGUGGUUGCAUUGAGGCAGACAGUUAAUGUCCAUCCCCUUCAUCCUGUCAUCACCUUUGAUAUUAGGCCGCUUAUACAACAAGAGGAGGCACUGAGGGCAAGUGAAAUGAAUCCAGAGUUUUUCUUUGAUGAAGAACUGAUUAGAGAGCAAAGGAAGCUCCCGGGGAAAUUUCGGAAAUUCCGUGCAGAAACUACCUAGUCAGAUUCAAUCUCCACAAUUUAAAUUCAGGGAACAUUAUCCCAAUUAAAAUGAAGCGGCAAUGAUGAAUCAACAUGUACACUAGAUUUCACAGAGUU